AUGGCGUUGGUGUUGGUGGUGAUGGUGAUGGUGGAGUUCAUGAGUGCUCAGCGUGUGGCUUGUGACAGCAGGAGUGACAGUGACAGUGACAGUGACAGUGACAGUGCCGGCAGGUGGAGUGGAAGGAAGGAAGGAGUAAGUGUUGAAAGACAGACAAAAAGAGAGAAUCAUCGGUGGAUUUCUAGGCGCAGAGACAACACCCCUUGCCGCGCCGCGCCCCGCCAGUGUUGAGGGUGGUGAGGUGGUGAGGUGGGCCUGACGCAGCGGUGCAGAGCGCGGUGGUGAGGGAUGGUGGGUAGAAGUGUGUCGGGCAGAUGAGGCAGGUGUGCGUCUCAAGGUUGGUGCCGCGUGGCGCUGCCAGUCGCGGGUCGUGAGUCGUGAAGUAAGAGGCGUGACUCGUGAGUCGCCGCCAUGCACCACCAGCGCCCCAUCAUGCCCCGCCCUGGCUCAGGCCAGUCGCCCUUCCGUGAUUUUGACAGCAUCUCGCAGGUGGCGCGACGCCCCCAGGACCCUGCGGCCCACGCGGAGCGGGUGAAGGUGUCAGGCGGCAAGACAGCCAAGGCCAAGGUGAAGGCCAAGACAAAGCCGAAGAAGAGUUCCUCGCGGCAGACCACGGCCAGCGCCUGGCAGUACACCAUGGUGCCCACCGGCACGCCCGCCGCGUCCCAAGCAUCAGCAUCCUUCCCUGACCCCGCACACGUGCCCCAGCACACCUCCUCCGCCACCCCUAAGUCCCUCCAGGACAGCCUCCAGCAAGAUGGCAUGGGCAGGAGGCGCCGGGAACACCAGCAGCAGCAGCAGCAGCAGCAGCAGCGGCCCCUCACCUCCUGGAGGAGUCUGUCAGCGCUACAGGGCGAAUCCUCGGCAGAAAAGAUGAGGCCGCGCCACUGGUCCCCUUCGCCCGAGAGGCGAAAGUCGGUGAGCUUCGAGGAACCACAGGUGAUCCUGCGGUACUCCCCCGAGGACCCGCGGGAGUCCCCCAGACCCAAGGGCCUCGUCAACAAAGCGCUCAUGAAGUCCUGGACCAAAGGCUUCACCAAGAGGGCGGCGGCGUCUGGCGGGGGGAGCGAGGCUCAGGGUGGGGUCGGGGCAUCGCCGUUGCCCUUCCUAAAAAAGACUAAAUCGGGGCAGGCCACGCCCGAGGCGGGCUCCGUGUCCUCCGUGCCCUUCUCCAAGAAAAAGAAGACACUGCUGGACAAGGAGCGGGACAGGGACAGGGACAAGGAGGGCUCGGUGAGGUCAGGCGGCAGUCAUCUAUCGGACCACCUGGGCAAGCUGAAGGCCAACCUUCACCUGCGCCGCAGCCACGCCGCCGCCGAGCCCGUCAUGACAGGCUUCGUGCAGGACAGCAGCGAGUUCCUUUCCCCCAAGUCACCCACGGGGGAGGGCGACACCAUCUCCCUGGCCAGCUACACUAGCAUAGAGUCCUCCGCCUCCGCCGCAGCCGCAGCCGCCAGGCACCGCCCCACCAAGCACUGGAAGAAGAAGAAGCACCAGCAGGAGGCCCUCGCCCUGGGCCCCGCGGAUCUGCGGCUGCGCCCCACCAAGGCUGGCAAGGCCCCGGGCCCCGUGCGAGCGUUCAGGAACAUGCUGGGCAAGAACUCCCGCAGCACGAUGGACCUGAGCGUGCUGGAGCGUGCCAGCGUGACGGGCAUGUCGCGCAGCUACGAUGACAUCCUCAAGGAGAACAACUUCCCCACUCAGCAGGAGUUCGCGUCGGACGCGCGCAUGCUGACGCUGAGCCGGGACUGUGUGGAGCCUGGAGACUUUGACGACGACGCUGAGUACUACCGCGACUUCCAUCGCUACUACGACAGCGAGGCGCAGGCCGAGGGCAGUGCCGCCCCGGGGAACGCCGCUCCCCAGGCAGCCGGAAAGGAAGCCUCGUCCUCACCUCCUCCCGCCGUAGAGUCUUCCGUCAGGAGCAUGGUCUCCAAAUACGAAAGGCUGAGCCCAGCUGAGCAUCCCGCCAGACCCCGCGCCGCCACCGCCGCCUCCUUCCCCACGCCUGCCGCGGUGCCUUCUGCGCACCACCGCGCCAGGGCCACCACGUCAGUGCCUCCAUCAGGCACACAUUCCACCGCUGCUACCGACACCACCACCACCACCACCACCACUACAGUGACGGUGCACCAGGAGGAGGAGCCGCGUGGGGGCGUGGCGGCCACCGGGGCGGCGAUGGGGAAACAGCCUAAACCAACACCCAGAAACUUGCAGGCGGGAGGCGAGGGAGGCAAGGCGGCGCGGGCGGUGCAGACAUCCAUCACCAGAACGGAGCUUCUGCCCGCCACGCCCCUGCGCCCCGCCGUCAGGAGCGUCGAGAAAAGCACUACAACAAACGACUACGAAAACCUCAUCAUGCCUCCCAGGGCGGCGCGGAGCGAGAGGCUCAGCGCUACCCACGCCCGCGACACCCGCCAUGCCAGUGCCUCGCCGCCCUCCUCGCCGCCGCCGCCGCCGCCAAGGGAGGCCCCCACCCUAGAGAAGAAUCACCGGACUGCCGUGGACCGUGACAGAAGCAGGUCAACAGAAAACGGCAGAUGUGAUGUCACUGCAACUCACGCCAAGUGCCUGAGAACCCCUCCAGGCCUCGCCACCACCACCACCACCACCACCACCACCUCGGUAAAGAAAACGGAGGGCCCAGCGGUGGGCCUCUGCAUUCCCGCCGUGGUGGUCACCGAGGAGGACAAAACGAGAGUCAGCUCGGCACCCGAGGCCGCGGGGACGGUGAGGGUCACGCAGACGCAGACGGAGGCGCGGCAGGACGCACCAUCGCACCGCCCCGCGCAGCAGAGCCUUAGUGGAAGCUCCAACGAGGACUCAGGCUUCCUGUCGUCCCUGCACCGCCUGGUGAGGAAGACCACCAGCUCCAGCUCCACGGAGGACCCGCAGCCCAGCCUGAAGGAGCGGCUGGCCAAGCGGCUCUCCAGCGUCAGCUCCGAUGAUCGUGAUAGCGGCGACUCCCGCAAGAGGAAGGUGCCGCCGGAGAGGCCGCCGCCGCCCAAGCUGGUGUGCGAUAAGUUCAACACGUACGGACACUACCUCUCCGCAGACGACCCGCCCCUCGUGCCGCCCUCCCCGCCGCCGCCCAAGCCGCCCAGACUCUUCCAGAUCCUGUCCGGCUACCGCAGACCUGGCGGCGACGCGGAGAGGCUGGCGGGGGGCAGCGACCCCCUCCUGCCGCACCACCACCACCACAACUACCGCCGCUACUCCCUCGUAGACAGUGACCUGGAGAUUAUCUGCUCAGACAACCACCACCAUCUCCACCAGGAGCCAGAGGGGGACUCGGACCCCUCCGCCGCCCCCGACGCCCACUACACCUACACCAAGUUCCCUCUGGCGGGGCACAGCGAGGACGACUCACUGGAGUACCCGAUGUCUCCUGACGAGGACGAGGAGGUGGUGUCCUUGAGCGGCGUGGUGGUGGAGCAGUUGUCCCCGCCCUGCCCCCGCCGCCCCCCCUCCAUCUCCCCUCCCCCGCCCCCUCCACCCACUACUCCUCCCCCACCUCCUCCACACUCCAGCAGUGAAGAGGAGGAAGAGGAGGAGCAUAAGAAGAGGAGCAAGAGGAAGAAGAAGCAUGGCGAGGACAAAGUUGACUCCUUCACGUCUGAUUUUCCUCUCCCAGUCUCGCACGACCUCGCCACGACCCCUGCCAGCGAGUACGACGCGUGCGGCACCUGCAGCGGCCAUUCCUCGUGGUCGUUCGGUACGGAUGAGCAGUACGAGAAGGCGGCGAAGGAGGAGCACGACACGACCAUUGCCCCGUGCACGCCCCGGUCAAGGCGGUGGAGGUGGUGGAAGUACGACCCGAAAGUCCACCAGAGAAAACUAACCUCGCUUUCCACUAAGUCCACCACCACCACCACCAACACCUCCACCAACACCUGCCCCGUCCACCCGCAAGGCACCGGCGAGGAGUCACAGAAGAAGACAGUGGAAGAGAAGGUGGAUACAAUGGAAACACGGCUUAGAAGUCCACCUAGAAGAACGACCCUAUCCACAUCCACUAUGACCACCACGAGGACCCAGGAGACACACAGAGAGUCCCCCAAGCCACGGGAGAGAAGGCAGGCGGUCCUCACACGACAGUUAGCCACCAGGGAAACAUCACCCACUGAAACACAAGACCACGGGGACACAGAGGAACACAAAAGCCAUGACAAGGAUCCAGCAUGCCCCGUGGUGACCAAACGCACACACUACACCUACGAGAAGCAUGUCAAGGCCACGCCACGGAGGGGAGAGGGACGCUUGAGUGGGCUGGCAGCGAAACAGAACUACAAAUCUCUGAGUCGGUCUUUAGAGGACAGCCUUGCCUCGGAAUGUCUGAAGGACGGGAACACCACGACACCCACACGCCUCAGUAAGUACAAGUGGAAGAGUAUGGACUUGAAGGACGACGGGGACACUGAAGGGACGCAGACGAAGGGGAAGGGACAGGUAGUGGAGGACGACUUCGUGGAGAAACUACUAAAACGAGCGGCGGAGAUGAAGGCUUCCACAGCGGAGGCCAUGAAGAAGACCCUGGAGGAGGAGGAGGAGGAGAAGGAACACCCCUCAAGCUCCACCUCCACCACCACCACCACAACUAGGACCUCCUCCACCACAAGACCAGACCCAGUGCCUCGAGUAACAGCCCGUACCGUCCCCUCCCCUGUGGCCUUACCCCGGUGUGACUACAAGCCUUUCCCAGCACCACGAGUCACCAAACCAGUGUCCGCGCCGCCCUCCCGCCCCUCCUCGGCCCUCUCCUCCGCCUCAGACCGCUCCCUUGUCAACGUGUUCUUUGAGAAGCUCCUGGAGAGUCAGCAGAGACCACGCACCUCCACGCCGCGCCUUGCCAAGACACUCUCCCGCUCAGAAACACACCUCGCAAGACACAAGGACCCCGCCAGGCAAACUGAUGACCCCAGCAGCGUAGAGGACGUGAGGACCUGGAAAAUGAGAACCUCCCUUGACUCCUCCACCCUCAGUGACUCCCCAUCAGCCUGCGAAUCCUUCAAGAGUGAGCCCUAUAUAUCCUACCACCGUCAGAUGACCUCGCCCACGACCGCACGACCAGACAACGACCUCCGCCGCUCCGUCAGUUGCGAUAGGAUACCACCCACACUCGCGUCCUUCCCUGACUCGCUCCCACGCCCACGCCCACGCCUUCAGCCACCUUUCGCCCGUUCUGAUGCCCUUGUAUUCUCCAGCGAUGAGGAUAUGCAAUGGGGGCAGGUCUCGGGGGCGCAGGGGGGCGGGGGCGUGAGGGUGCGUAGGAUAUCCGACUCUAUCCUGUCGCGUCCUGAAGGAUCUGCUGGCGCUCCUCCAGGAAAUAAGGACGCAGGAUACACUGGGGACACGGAGGAUGAGGAGACGCGGCCCCAGCUGUCGGAAAGGGAGCGGUGUCUUGUGCGACGGAACUCCUCCCUCAACACACAGCUGUCCCGCCUUCAGAUCCACCUCAAGAGUCUUUCCUCAGAAAACGACAAUCUGAAGAACAAGAUGGAGAUCGAGCUGGAGGCGCCCCUGCACGUGAAGGAGCGGAGCAGGAAGAAGGAGAGGGAGGUGCAGCUACUGAAGAGAAAAAAUUCCGAGCUUGCCACUAUCACUCGGAAGCUGGAGGAGAAGGUCAAGAGUCUGGAGAAGAAAACGAAGGAGUCCCCAGCCACGGAGCGGAGGAACCUACUGGCGGCGCGGCAGAGGGAGAAGGAUGCUUUGUACGAGAGGCAACUGCAGGAGCGAGACAAGGAGAUCCAACGCCUCAAACACCGCAUGAAGGAACUCGUGAGGAAACUGACCGGGAAAAAUGGCGAGAUCACACGGGCACAGAGCACGCUGGAGCUGGAGCAGAUUAUAAGGACGGUCACCAAGGAGCGGCUGCAGCUGGAGAGACAUCUGGCGGCGGCGAGCGAAGGUCUGUCUCGCGGGGGUGCUGGUGAGGGGGACGCCGAGCGGUUGGCGUCGUUGGAGGAGACCAACAGCACCCUGAGGCAGCAGCUGGAGGACCUGGAAAUACUGACGCGCCAGCACAGCACCCUACAGAGGCACGUGCAGGAGAAGGACCUCGAGUGUGUCACCCUCAAGGAGAAACUCAAGCUCAAGAACGAAUUGUGCCAAGAUCUGGACACACACCGAUACCCGCCCGUAAAGGAAUCUCAACUAGCGCGGGUGAUAGAGAAAAAUACAGAAUUAACGAUACAGAAUUCAGACCUGCAGAAGCAAAUACAGGAGCUCCAACAUGUGAGCGAGGAGUGUCGGACGCUGAAGCAGAACCUGUCACACGUGGAGGGGGAGUGGUCAGCUGGCAAAAUUCAGGUCGGGAGCCUAUCUGGAAAAGUCGGCAACCUGGAGUCCGUUCUGCGGUUUGAGGAUGUAUACGGACUUGGAGAGCUUCCUCGGGCACGGGGAGGGACCUCUCUCGAAACUGUUCUGAUUCAAAUGAAAGAUGCUGCAGACAAGCGGCGAGAAUUGGAACGCCAGCAUGCCGAGGCACUGGCACAGCUUCGGGAGCAGCAGGCCUCCCUGUCUGACAAGAACAAGAAGGCGUCUGUCGAGGUGGUGGAGGCCCUGCAGUCCAAGAUCCGCGAGUUGGAGAAGAAGGCGGAAGUUCAAAACCUGCGUCACGAGGAACUGUUGCUGGAGAUGCAGAGUCUGAAGAAGGCCCAGGGCUCCCCCAAGAACUCCUGGUCCCGCUCUGGCUCACUCAGCGCUGACCUUCAGAGCCCUGACUCCGGGGACGUGACGCCUGAUUCGAGUCAAAUUUUGUCGAACGGUAGCACGGCGGGGUCCACGCCCGUGCCGCACGUGGGGCUGGGCCUCAGCCUGCCUCACAGCCUGGACAUGCUGGGCUUCGGCGACCUGACCCACCCUCCCCUCUCCACGUCACCUCUAGCUGGCCAAUCAGGUCUCAACUCCCUCACCUCCAUCUCGUCUGGCGUCUUCACCAACACCACAGGAUCGGGCUUCAUCACCGGCUCCAGCUCCACGGGCUUCACGGGCGCGGGCGGAGCGGAGAACGCCUCCUCGGAGAUCGACCGCAUCAUGGCGAAGAUCGAGCAGGACAACAAGAUCCUGGCCGAGCUGGACAAGUCUCGCUCCACGCUAGGGCUGUCCUCCUCCACCUCCUCCUCCUCCGGCGUGGCGUCCCUCAAGACAAGCGACGCCCUUACCUCCUUCGGCCUCUCCGCCUUGACUCCAUCGUCGCUCCUCGGUGGUGGGGGCCUAGCCGGGGCCACCACCACCACCGUCACUGCCCUAGACCUCUCCAACCCCAUCGUGAACCCCCUCGGCCACAACCCCGCGCUGGCCAACAACCCCUUGAGCUUCGUGGAUCAGUCCCUGGCGCAUUUGGACCCUGCAGGACUCAGCUUCCCACCCCACGGAACCUCAGGACUCGGAUUAACCUCCCUGGCGUCACUUGGUCCUUCAUUCCUCGGUGGUCCUUCAUCUACUACUGCUGGGCUCAACCUCGCAGGAUCGAACCCUCUAGGAUCCGUCACCCUUCCUACGUCCCUCGGCUUGGUCGGCGGCUCGGGGCUCCUCGGCGGCGGCGGAGGCAUCACCAACCCUGUCUUCCCGAACAUCAACCCACUCCCCACCAUCAUCACCACCAGUUAUGAUAAAGACGACAAGAACCUCAUGAAUGGCAACCUCCCCGGUGUAAUGCUGCCACCUUACGAGACAGAUAACAGGGUGCUGGACGUCCUGGAAAUUCCUGGAAAGGGCAGAUGCCACGUCUACAUCGCCAGGUAUUCUUAUGAUCCUUUCCAACACUCGCCCAACGAAAACCCCGAGGCAGAGCUGGCGGUAAAUGCUGGUGACUACGUGCUGGUGUGGGGCGCCAUGGAUGAGGAUGGCUUCUUUGACGGAGAGCUUCUGGAUGGGCGCCGCGGUCUUGUCCCUUCGAACUUCGUGGAGAAACUGGUUGGGGAAGACCUGGUAGAGUUCCAUCAGUCUGUGGUUAUGGGCCUCCGAGAUGACGAUGAGCCCGUUUCUACCUCCGUGCCCUCAGAUCUAAACUUCAUCUCUCAGGACGAACCGCAUUUGAUAGAUGCCAAGGCGCCGGUAAAGUUUGUGAAAAACAUCUUCAAGGGUGUUACGGGCCUUUUUGGCGAAAAGGGGGACGUGACCCCCUCAGCCCUCACCCCAGGGGUCCACCACGGGUCCACGCCGGGCCACCAACAAACUCACCUCACCAAGGGCUCCCUAGUGCCCCACUCUGGCCCGGGGCAGGGGCUGCUCAACCCCCUGGGCACCCUCAACCCCCUGGCCUCCCUCAACCCCUUGGGCAGUCUCUCGGGACUCAAGAGCCCCGCCCUCCACGACGCCCACCUCAACAUGGUGACCAAUCAGAGCCGCCACAACGCCUAUCUGAGCCACCUGGACCUGGAAGAUAUCAUAGAAGAGGACGAGGAGACACUAGGAGAGCAUGACCUCUUCUUCUCGGUGCUAGUCCCCCCUCCGGUCCAGCUCACCCUCGAACGACAGUUAAACAAGAGCAUCCUCAUCGGCUGGAAUCCCCCGCCUGAUGCCGCGCCAGCCUCCAUCGAGUCUUACCACGUGUAUGUCAACGGUCUCCUCAAGACGACUGUACGCGCCACAGAGAGAACCCGGGCGCUGGUGGAGGGUGUGGACUCUACGAAGGUGAGAUGUCUCCACAGAAUAAGCGUGCGUUCAGUGACCCCAAACCGGAGGACUUCGAGGGACGCUGCCUGUACAAUGGUGAUAGGGAAGGAGGCGCCACUGGGACCCACGAGUGUUAAGGCCACCUCCAUCACCUCCACCUCGGCUGUCAUCUCUUGGCUUCCCUCAAACUCUAACUUCCAACACACAGUCUGCGUGAAUAAUGUAGAGGUGCGCACUGUCAAGCCAGGAGUUUACCGCCACACUAUUACAGGUCUGUCCCCAAACACAACGUACAGAGUCACCAUUCGCGCCAAGAACCUUCGAGCCCCUCAGUUUGACGCCAAGGGCCCUAGGAGUCAGGAGCGCCUUUCCACCACCAUUGAAUUCCGCACACUGCCCAAGGAAGCUGUCUCGGCGGCCGAUCCGAAAGGCCUCCCAGACCCCCCAGUGGAUGUCCAAGUAGAGCCAGGCCCCCAGGACGGCUCGCUGCUGGUCACUUGGCUGCCUGUGACUAUUAACAGCACCGGAGGGACUUCCAACGGCGCUCCUGUCACUGGUUAUGCUGUCUAUGCUGACGGCAAGAAAGUGACGGAAGUGGAGAGCCCGACUGGUGACCACGCGCUUAUCGACCUCACCAAGAUACCAGGAUUCGAACCAAAGCAAGUCACGGUUCGAACCAAGAGUCGAGACAGUGUUUCAGGAGAUUCAGUGCCCAGUCAGAUUCCCUCACACUUCUCCAGGGGUCGUGGCCGCGGCAAGGACCCCGAGGACGACAUGCUCACCUCCGACCUAGACAGGCCCUCUGAGCUCUCCGACAUUGCUGAGGAGAGCGAGACCGACCUGACGGAUGAGGACCUGCACCAGGACGGCCACAAGCCAGGCCAGCACGGCAUGACGGGGCCACACCACGGGCCGGGCCAGGGCCGCGGCCCGCAGCAGGCCCAGGGCAGCCUACGGGACCGCCUCAUGAACCGCGUGCGGGGCGACCACACUGACCAGGCCAUGCUGGACCACGAGGAUGGCCUGACGGACAAGGACCUGUACCAUGGGCAGGGCCAGGGCCAGCAGGGCCCGCAUGGCUCCAUCCCCGCCAUAGGCACCCCCAGGAGUGGCUUGGCCAGACUCUCAAACUCUUUAUUCAAUACCAUAGGGCAGUUAAAAGGCAAAGGUCCAUCCAGAACGAGACAAAUAACCAAGGACGAACCACACGGGCCAGUCGACGCCUUCAAGGAUGACGAGUACGAUACUGGACCAGGCAGCAGAGGGCGCCCUGAUCCCCGCGCGCACCCCCCGAGGUCACAUAUAGAGCGCGGCCGCCCUCCACCACCCCCGCAGCAGCACCGCCCCCCUCCACGAGACCCGCGCGACCCCAGGGACAUGAGGGACCCACGGGACAUGCACUACGGACCAAGAGACCCUCGGGACAUGCCGCGGGACAGACGGGACCCCCACAUGCGAGACCCCCAUGGACCCAGAGACCCGAGGGACCCCAGAGACCGCUACGACCACAGGGGAGGAGAGUACGUGCGUGAUUAUGGUCGUGAGGGCGGACGAGGGCGAGGUGGACCAGGCGAGCAAACUAGAUUAUUCGUGGCGCUGUUCAACUAUGACCCGCCAACGAUGAGCCCGAACCCCGACGCUUGUGACGAGGAACUGGGCUUUAGUGAGGGCCAGCUCAUCAAGGUGUUUGGAGACAAGGAUCCUGAUGGCUUCUACUGGGGCGAGGCUGGUGGGCUGCAGGGAUACGUGCCAUGCAAUAUGGUGUCUGAAGUGCAGGUGGACGAUGACAGAGUAGCAGUGGAGCUGAUGAAGGAAUCGGAAAGUGGCAGGCGACGAAGGGACGGCUCUGUGGGACGCCGAGGGGACCGCUGGGGGGACAUCUACGCCAACAUGACCGUCAGGAAGAUGGUUGCUCUCUACGACUACGACCCGCAGGAACUUUCACCAAACGUAGACUCCGAGGAGGUUGAGCUCUCCUUCAAAACUGGGGACAUUAUCAACGUUUUUGGGGACAUGGAUGACGAUGGUUUCUUCAUGGGUGAGCUCCGGGGACAGCGGGGCCUCGUGCCGUCUAACUUCCUGCAGGACGCGCCGCAGGAUUACCCAGAUGACCACAGGUCUCGCCGCGACACCCUGGACCCCCGAGACAGAGGCGGUCCAAUGGGUCCUCCUGGGCGGGGACCUGGACCGGGGGCACAUGGACCGCCCCCUCCCCCCCGCCCUGACCAAAGGGACCGCAGAAAAGACGGAACGGAGGGUCAGCCUGCCUCACAGGGGGACACUUCCGCCGUAAAAGAAUCAGUUUUCGGCUUUUUAUCCAGCUUAUUCCCAGUCAAUGUUGGACAACCGCAAAUAUUUAACACUUCAGCUACUACUACCACUACCGCUACUACUACAGCAACAACAACCUCUACUACUACUACUAACGCUUCCACCACUUCUACGACAAACACCUCCAUUAAUACUACGACUUCUACAACUAACAUAAGAACAGCUUUAUCAACAUCUACUGCUUUUUCAACAACUACUGAUAAAACUACUGCAUCUGGUGGUGGUGGUGGUGGUGGUGGUGGUGGUGGUGGUGGUGGUGCAGCAGUAACAGAAAACGGUGCCAAGGAAACUCCCAUUGAAAUUACAGCACCGAAAAAGGCUGAGGAAGAGAAAGCGGAUGUCAAAGAGUCCGUCAUGGGAUUCUUUGGAAAUUUCUUCACCAGUCAAAUAGCGCGCGCUGCGACCAUUACUGCGCAGGCUGUUGGUCGCCCCGCGCAGCCUCCUCCACAGCAGCAGCAGCAGCAGAAGCCAGCCAAUGACAAACCAGAGACAGUAGAACUUCCAAAUGAGCAAAAUAACAGCAAAGAACCAAUGAUUGACAACACAAACACUGCAGAAUCAAGUAAUGAGAGAACAAAGGCUUCAGAUCUGACCAAUAGCAGAGCAAGGAGGGUUGAAAGAGUAACCAAUAGGGAAGCAGAGACGAAAACACCAUCCAAUCCUGAGGUGGAACUAAAAAACAGCAUGAAUUUGACAACAGAGACUAAACCGACCAAUCACAGAAGAGAGACGUGGGAUUCAGCCAAUCAGGGAAAAGAAUCGAAACUUUUAUCCUCUGAGACCAAUGAAGAGGCAAGAAAUGGAGACAGAAAUCAAAGAACGGUGGAAAAUUUAGAGAACACGAGAAAUGCAAGUACUGAAACCGUCCUGGAGAGAGAAAGAGAGCAAGUGAGCAAAAGAGAGACAGAAUUGAAGGUGCCGGAAAAGAGAACAAGGAAUAGAUUGAUAAAUACGAAAUCGAAAGAGGAAAACAAACACGCCAACUCGACAAUAAUUAUGGACGAAGAGGAA